GUUCCAUCAGCUGCCCUUAUUUUGAACAAGGCUUGGUGCUCUUUUCUUACUGUGUGGAUAUGAGUGAUCAGAAGUCUUCACAGGAAGAAAAGCACAAACUCAGCAGAGCCUCCACAAAGUUCAAGGAAUCUGCAAGAAGUAUGCAGUCUGAUGACUACUUUGCCCGAAAAUUUAAAGCUCUGAAUGGUAAUAUGGGCCCUCCUGUUCCUUUAAGUGCAACUAGCAAAGGUGAAAAUAACAGUCCCGCUAAUGGUACCCCAGCUGUGCCUAAAAUGGGUGUCCGAGCCAGAGUAUCUGAAUGGCCACCUAAAAAAGAUUGUGUCAAGGAGCUAAGCAAAGCUACAUGGGAUAGUAGGCCACAAACCGGUUACGAGAGCGUUGGAUCAGUAAAUGGUGACCAGGGUGAAGGGCAACAAACAGAACACCUUGAUUUAGAAUUUGCAGAGUCCAAGUAUACGUUAGAAGACAUUUUUGUCCAUUCUCCACAUAGAGGACUGCACCCAAUAAGGCAGAGAAGCAACAGUGAUGUUACGAUCAGUGAUAUUGAUACUGAGGAUGUAUUAGAUCAGAAUGCUGUCAACCCAAAUACAGGAGCAUCACUUCAUAGAGAAUACGGAAGCACUUCAUCAAUUGACCGACAAGGCUUGUCUGGAGAGAAUUUUUUUGCAAUGCUCCGAGGCUACAGAGUUGAAAACUUUGAACAUAAAACACAUGUGCCAUUUGGAUUGUCUGAUUUUUUUCACUGUGACACAGCAAUUUCUCCAAGUCUCCACGCUGCAGCGCAGAUUUCCAGAGGAGAAUUUGUCAGAAUUUCUGGACUGGACUACAUGGAUAGUGCCCUGCUUAUUGGUAGAGAUCGGGACAAACCUUUCAAACGGCGGUUGAAGUCUGAAGCUGUAGAAACAUCUCUUUUUAGAAAACUGAGAACUGCUACGAGUGAACAUGAGACUCUUAAAUUCCAGUCUGAAUUAGAGGAUAAAGGACUGGAGAAGAAUGUUCAUCCUUGGAACUGUCAGAAAUGUUUUGCGCAUUAUGAUGUUCAGAGCAUUUUGUUUAACAUUAAUGAAGCAAUGGUUACCAGGAUAAAUGUGGGGAAAAGAAAAAAUAUAACCACUGGAGCUUCAGCUGCAUCACAAACCCCAGUGGCAACAGGCCAGAUUGGAAGUUGUGAAUCUCCUUUGGGAAGUAAAGAGGAUCUCAAUUCAAAAGAAAACCUAGAUGCUGAUGAAGGCGAUGGAAAAAGUAAUGACCUGGUACUGAGUUGUUCUUACUUCCGAAAUGAAACUGGUGGGGAAGGUGAUAGGAGGAUUGCACUCUCUAGGGCAAACUCGACAUCUUUUUCUUCAGGCGAAAGUUGCUCCUUUGAGUCUUCCCUAAGUUCUCACUGCACAAAUGCUGGUGUUUCUGUAUUGGAAGUACCUAGGGAGAAUCAGCCGAUUCACAGGGAGAAAGUAAAGCGGUAUAUCAUCGAACAUAUUGAUCUUGGUGCAUAUUACUACAGAAAGUUCUUCUAUGGAAAAGAGCAUCAAAACUACUUUGGAACAGAUGAAAAUUUAGGACCAGUAGCAGUCAGCAUCCGAAGGGAGAAGUUUGAAGAUGCAAAGGAGAAAGACGGUUCACAAUUCAACUACCGUGUAGUAUUCAGAACAAGCGAGCUUACAACACUGAGAGGAGCUAUUUUAGAAGAUGCUAUUCCCUCAACUGCUAGACAUGGCACAGCACGAGGCCUGCCGCUUAAGGAAGUAUUGGAAUAUGUAAUACCAGAACUGAGCAUUCAGUGCCUGAGGCAAGCUUCCAACUCACCGAAAGUCUCUGAACAGCUGCUUAAACUGGAUGAACAAGGGCUGAGUUUUCAGCACAAGAUUGGGAUCCUGUAUUGCAAAGCAGGCCAAAGCACAGAGGAAGAGAUGUAUAACAAUGAGAUAGCGGGACCUGCUUUUGAAGAAUUCCUUGAUCUCCUUGGUCAGAGAGUACGGCUGAAAGGCUUUAAUAAAUACAGAGCUCAGCUAGAUAACAAAACUGAUUCAACUGGAACUCAUUCCCUUUAUACUACCUACAAAGACUAUGAAAUAAUGUUUCAUGUGUCAACUAUGCUUCCCUAUAUGCCUAGUAAUAGGCAACAGGAAAUAACUACGCCCUGCUUGGUCACUGAUCAGGACAUCCCUCUAGUUUUAGAGCCAGCAGGAGAUCCAAACACUAAGCUUCUAAGGAAAAGGCAUAUAGGAAAUGACAUUGUUACCAUUGUCUUCCAAGAGCCUGGAGCACUUCCUUUUACUCCAAAAAAUAUUCGUUCUCAUUUUCAACAUGUGUUUGUCAUUGUUAAAGUCCACAGUCCUUGCACAGAAAAUGUGUGCUAUAGUGUUGGUGUUUCAAGAUCAAAAGAUGUACCACCAUUUGGACCACCAAUCCCCAAAGGAGUUACUUUCCCUAAAUCAGCAGUCUUCCGGGACUUCCUUUUAGCUAAAGUUAUUAAUGCAGAAAAUGCAGCACACAAAUCAGAAAAAUUUCGAGCCAUGGCCACUAGAACACGCCAAGAGUACUUGAAAGACCUUGCAGAAAACUUCGUUACUACAGCAACAGUAGACACGUCGGUCAAAUUUAGUUUUAUUACACUGGGAGCAAAGAAAAAAGAGCGAGUCAAACCAAGAAAGGAUGCCCACUUAUUCAGUGUUGGAGCAGUGAUAUGGAAUGUUAUAGCACGGGAUUUUGGUCAGUCUCUUGACAUUGAAUGUCUCCUUGGUAUCUCAAAUGAGUUUAUCGUGUUGAUUGAAAAGGAAUCAAAAAAUGUUGUCUUUAACUGCUCCUGUAGAGAUGUUAUUGGAUGGACAUCUGGGUUAAUGAGUGUUAAAAUCUUUUAUGAAAGAGGAGAAUGCAUUCUUCUGUCUGCACUUGAUAACUGUGCUGAUGACAUCAGAGAAGUGGUUCAAAGACUAGAAAUAGUUACCAGAGGAUGUGAAACAACAGAAAUGACCCUGAGGAGAAAUGGCUUGGGACAGCUUGGAUUUCAUGUUAAUUUUGAAGGGAUUGUAGCAGAUGUGGAGCCAUUUGGUUAUGCAUGGAAGGCAGGCUUACGUCAAGGCAGUCGACUAGUGGAAAUCUGUAAAGUGGCUGUAGCAACCCUCACUCAUGAACAAAUGAUUGAUCUGCUCCGCACUUCUAUGACUGUAAAGGUGGUGAUUAUUCAGCCACAUGAGGAUGGGUCACCUAGAAGGGGUUGCUCAGAACUUUGUCGAAUCCCCAUGGUGGAAUACAAACUUGAUAGUGAAGGCACCCCAUGUGAGUAUAAAACCCCUUUCAGGAGAAAUACUACUUGGCAUCGGGUGCCAGCUCCUGCUGGGCAGCCCCUCUCUCGUGCCUCUCCAAUCCUAGGGACAUCUGAUAGAUUGCAGUGCCAGCAGCUUCUCCAGCAGGCGCAAACAGCCAUUCCUCGCAGUACUUCAUUUGAUAGAAAGCUGCCAGAUGGUGCAAGAAGCUCACCAAGCAACCAGUCAUCCUCCAGUGACCCAGGACCAAGUGGGAGUAGUCAGUGGAGGCAUCAAGUGGGAUAUGAUGGGUGCCAGUCCCCAUUACUUCAUGAGCAUCAAGGUUCGGGUCCACUGGAGAAUGAAGGAGGCAGAGAACAUGAAGAACCUUUGGAAGGGGCCAGACAUCCCAGUGAAACCAAGUGGCAUGCACCAUCUACCAAAGUCUUGAGUUCCUAUAAAGACCGGGCUUUACAGAAAGAGAACAGUGGCAAGGAUUCACCAAACAAAUUUUCUCAUAUUGGAGACAAAAACUGUUCCAGCCAUUCCAGCAGUAAUACUCUGUCCAGUAAUACAUCUAGCAACAGUGAUGACAAGCAUUUUGGCUCUGGAGACCUAAUGGAUACUGACUUGCUUGGAUUAAUUUAUAGCAAAGGAGCUUCUACUGACAGUGGAAUUGAUACUGCUCCCUGUAUGCCCGCCCCAAUUUUGACUCCUUUGCACCUGUCUGGAAGCCGGUCCGGGAUACAUGGUCGUACUGAUCAGUGGACUGAAUCUUCUGAAACUGCUGGACCAGAUGAUGAGCAAACAAAAGUGUAUACUGUUCACAGCUAUGCUUCUGCAAUUUCUAGCAGUCAUACGGGUGAUGGCAGUAUGGGAGACCUCAGUGAAAUAUCUUCACAUUCCAGUGGGUCACAUCAUUCAGGAAGUCCUUCAGCACAUGGUCUCAAAAACAGUGGAUCUUUAGAUACCUCCAAAGUAUACAUAGUGUCUCAAAAUAGUAGUCAACAGAUCUCUGGCUCAAUAGCAAAAUGCUACCCUAGACAAGGAGCAAUAAGCAAAUAUGUCAUUGGCUGGAAAAAAUCAGAAGGCAGCCCUACACCUGAGGAAUCUGAAUCUUCUGAAUGUCAAGAAUUAUAUAAUGAUGUUGUGAGGCUGUCUUCAAGUCAACUUCAAGCCUCAGUAAGGAAUACAGCUCCUGAAAGCCAGCAUGUCUUGUCCAAAGAAGAGUUUCUGAAGCUGAUGUUGCCAGAGACCGUCUCUGUGGAGGAGGGCAGACGAAAGUUCUCAUUUUAUGGCAACCUAUCACCAAGAAGAAUACUCUAUCGCACUCUUUCUGAUGAGAGCAUAUGUAGCAAUCGGAGAGGAUCUUCAUAUGCUAGUUCGCGAAGUUCAAUGCUAGACCAAGCUUUACCAAAUGACAUUUUGUUCAGCACUACCCCACCAUAUCACAGUACAUUACCUCCUAGAACAAGUUUAUCAGCUGGUAUUGGAAACCUAAGACAUGAGUUUUGGUUCUCAGAUGGAUCGUUAUCUGACAAAUCAAGAUUCAAUGAUCCUGGCCUGAUGCCCCUUCCAGACACAGCCACAGGUCUAGACUGGUCUAACUUGGUAGAUGCUGCCCAAGCAUUUGAAGAUUUUGACUCUGACGAAGAACUUGAGCCAGUCUGUCAUCACACUUCGUUUCUAGAUCAAAGGGUGGCAUCUUUUUGCACCAUGAAUGACAUGCAGCAUGUGCAGGGUUUGGAGAAUAAUCAAGACUUACCUCUGAGUACAAGUCCAACACAUGGAAAAAAUUUCAUUGAUACUACUGGGGAAGAUAACCCUACCACAUUGACUGGAAAGGUAAACCAGCUGGAAGUGAUCCUCCGACAAUUGCAAACAGAUCUUCGGAAGGAAAAACAAGACAAAGCUGUUCUCCAAGCUGAAGUUCAUCAUUUGAGACAAGAUAACAUGAGACUUCAGGAAGAAUCACAAACAGCAGCUGCACAACUAAGAAAAUUUACAGAGUGGUUUUUCAGUACUAUUGACAAGAAAUCCUAAUAUCCAAGUUCCUGAAAAGCACUAUUGGAACCACAUAAUACCAGUAAUUCUGAACUGGCCUAAGAUAAUUUCACUAUGUUCACAACCCAAUUUUACAUGUGUCUGAUAUAGUUUGUGUCC